UAGUUACUGAAAUAAUGAACACAGGAGAAGUCACAUGUGAAUGGGAACAGCAAGAUGGCACAGGCUGUGAGGGAGUGACAUGGUGGCAGUCUGGUGUCAGCCCCCCAGCAAAUUUGCAUUCUACCAGCUUCUUGCGCUGUCACCCGUGGGUUGAGGCACCUGUAAAGAUCAAUGCCUCCUCACAGGAGCCCAAGUGAGGAAACAACUGAUCACCAAUGCAUAUGCAUAGGCCUCCCCUAUGGCCUGUACAGCUUCAGCAGUCUUUGGACAAAGAGCGAGAGCAACAAGGCACCUACCUCAGGCCACUCUGGCCUCGCCCAGAGGACCAGGUGGGAGAGCGCUGGACUGGGCUCAUUCCUGGCCUCCUGAGGUCAUCGCUGCUACUGCCUGAGGCUCUGUCCCUUGAUUGGCAGCUGUGCUUUUAUGCAGCCCCUGGGGGAGGGAGUCUGGAAAGCCAGCCUCACAGGAUUUCGGAUGUGGAGGCUGAGGAGCCUGACCCAAUGGCAGAAGCUUGUUCCUUUACUCAGUCAUCAGGGAGGACCAAGGCAGGCUCCUCUUGUGUGAGAUGCUCACACUUAAAUGGGCACAACCAGAGCAGCUGAAGAGGUCAGAGCAUCUAAAGACAUCGUUCUGUCAAGAAGGCCCCUGCCUGACAUUAAUCUUUUCAUUCAGCAAGUACUUGCUCUCUAUUUCAGUGACUCAUUCCAGGUAAUGAAAACAGGCUGCUUCUGGCCAUGGAGUAGCUCACAACAGACCAGUGCCUGCCAAGAACUCAAGGAACUGGCUGUAAUUCAGAAAGCAUCUGCUUGAAGGACUGGAGCACCGCCCCAGCACCCACAACUGAGAGGGGAGCUUGAAGAGUAGGUGGAGGAGACUUCCCUGGUGGUGCAGUGGUUAAGAAUCUGCCUGCCAAUGCAGGGGACAAGGUUUUGAGCCCUGGGCGGGGAAGAUCCCACCUGCUGUGGAGCAGCUAAGCCCGUGUGCCGCAACUACUGAGCCUGUGCUCUAGAGCCUGCAAGCCACAACUACUGAGCCCAUGCACCACAACUGCUGAAGCCCACGUGCCUAGAGCCUAUGCUCUGUAACAAGAGAAGCCACCACAACGAGAAGCCCGCACACUGCAAUGAAGAGUAGCCCCCACUCACCACAACAACGAAAACCCAACGCAGCCAUUAAUUAAUUAAUUAAUUAAUUAAUAAAAGUAGAUGAGAAAGACUUCCCUGGUGGCGCAGUGCUUAAGAAUCUGCCUGCCAGUGCAGGGGACAUGGGUUCGAUCCCUGGGCCAGGAAGAUCCCACAUGCUGCGAAACAACUAAGCCCGUGUGCCACAAGUGCUGAGCCUGCACUCUAGAGCCUGCAAGUCACAACUACUGAGCCCACGUACUGCAACUGCUGAAGCCUGCGCACCUAGAGCCCGUGCUCUGCAACAAGAGAAGCCAUUGCAAUGAAAAGCCCAUGCACCACAAUGAAGAGUAGUCCCCACUCAUCACAACUAGAAAAAGCCCAUGCACAGCAAGGAAGACCCAACACAGCCAAUAAGUAAAGAAAGAAAACUUUUAAAAAACUUUUAUAAAUAAAUAAAAGUAGAUGAGAGACAGCUGAAGAAAGGACUAGCGAACUGGAAGAUAGAUCAAUGGGAAAUAUCUCUGCAAACCCAACCAUGACCAGCUUGCACUGUCAUUUGAGCUUCCUUAUCCUGAACCCUCUGAGCCCUUCUGUAGACACGUUUGGCAAGGAGGAGGGGUCUGCUGAGGAGGCUCUUUGUGCUUGGGAGAGACUGAGGGGGCUUGGGAGUUUGGGGAAUGCUCUCCAUUGCAGCCUUGUUGGAAACAUUACCAGCAUUUUGGGACUCCAGUCAGUGGAGCUCUGUGACUCUAGUGAAAUCUUUAAACGCCUCAGGCAUCAGGAACAUGAGCUUGUUUGUGCUCAUGGGCUCAGGCUAAAGGUAUGCUAAGCUCUCCGGCAUACACCUUAGGAAAUGCCUUUGGUGGGACAGGGAACCAGUGGAGGCUUGUCUGUGAUUUGCAAGGGGCAUGCACGUUGCUACUCAGGCUCACGGACCAUGGAACCCACGUGUCGCCUGUUUCAGUGAUGUGAUGAGCACUGGCAUAGCUGGGGGUGAGGGAGCAGGGUCGGGGCUGUGCUGAGCGUGACUGCAAAACUGUUGUGGAUCGUAGCAAUUCAUAUGCAUGUUCUGAGAAAUUUUCCAUCCUGAUUUAAUGGUUUCCUUAAGGUGAACAGAAGUAAAUUCAAGAGGGUUGGUGAGCUUAGGUGAGGUCAUGGGCCAAGGCCAGUGGCUGAGCUGAGAGAUGACUGCUGACCUGCACAGGCUGUCUGACAUGCAUUAAAGCAAUGUCAAAGCAAAGACAUCAGCUGCUUAUUGCAAGUAAAAGAUGGAAGCCCCUUUGUCCUCUAAAAUGCUCUGUCCUGGGGCCAGCACACACCCCUCUUGAGGGGAGAGGAGGAAACCAGGUCAGAUAUGGCUGAGGGAGGACAUAACAGCCACUGGCUCCUGAGAGUUUCUGGUUAGCUCAGGCCAAUUGCCUAGAAGCCACUUGGACACCUUGCAGUGUCCCCUGUGCUUUAGGACAGGAGGCCAUGCUGGGUUCUCUCUGGAGGGUCCAUGAGGAGGGGACGUUCUCAUGUGGGAGGCUGGGGGGCAGGAGGUGAGGAGCAUGUAAGCAGAGCCUUUUGCCUUCCAGGCAUUGUCUUAGGCCUGGUCAGUUUCUUGGAUGAGAUAGACAAGGUCCCCGCUCCUGUGCAGCUUGCAUUCUAGUCCAGAGGCUGCCUUCAGCUGGUAUAAGCAAGUAAGACCAAACACACUAAAACAAGGAAAACAAGUGAUGAGUGAUGGAAAAGAUGACAGUGGGACCACACUGGUGGCAGGGAUUGGGUGGGGAGAGGGCAACUUUCCUGAAGAGGUGACUGUGAGCUGAGCUGGAAUGAGGUGGGCGGCUCUGCGGGCAGAGCGGGGCCCUGAGCUAGCAUCACACAGGUCCUGGUAGAUGCCAGCUUUCCUUGUAAGGACAAUGAGAAACCGAUGACAGAUUUUUUUUUUUUUUAAUAUUUAUUUAUUUGGCUGCAUUGGGUCUUAGUUGUGGCAUUGGGAUCUUAGUUGUGGCAUGAGGGAUUUAGUUCCCUGACCAGGGAUCGAACCUGGGCCCCUUGCAUUGGUAGCACAGUCUUAGCCACUGGGCCACCAGGGAAGUCCCCCAGUGACAGAUUUUAAGCAGGGGAAUAAGGUGAUCUGAUUAUACAUUCACAAGAUUUGCUGGGUACUAUGUGGAGACUGGGAUUGUGGGGAGAGUUUCAGGGAGCAGGGAGACCAGUGGGCCAAUUUGCUUGUGUUCAAGGAAGGACAGGUGUGGCAGCUGCACAACCAGAGGGGACUGCAGACUCAGGAAGCAUUUGGGGUGGGACUCAGGUAUCUGAGCAUCUGGGUGGAGGCAGGGUCACAGUGGGGGGGGGCAUACCCAUUAUGUAUGUUAGAUCUAGAUGUUCUCAAAUUCUCAGUUCAGAGCACCCCUAGUUAAGGUUCAGUAAUUAUUCAGUUAAGGUUCCCUAAGGUACCCAUAGGCCAAAAGAAGUACCUACCAGUUCCAUUUUUAAAGUGUAAACAAUUUAAGUAUUUAUAGCCUAGCAACUUAUAAUAGAUAUUUGGAAAAUAAUGUAAACUUAAAUUUUUUUUCGUUGCAUUUUUAAGUAACUAUAAUUAUUUACAGGUGGAAACUGUGCCUGUCAGCUCUUCUUGAAUCUUGGAAUCAGAUUGGACACUGUCACCCUUGUUGCCUUUUCCACAUUGAUUCUUACACAGUAAUUGCUUUUUCAAUAACUGCCAGAAACCUAGCUUUGCAGACAUGAAAUCUCAGAAGGGAAUGUAGCAAGAUAAGAUGUUGAAACCAUGAAGUGUACAGAAAUGUUUAGUAUCGCCAUUUUCCUCAGAAGUAAAAGGCAUCAUGCUGUGCCUGCAAGUUCACUGUGGGCUGGGGGUGCCUCAGUGCACUGUCUAGGAAUUGCAGCUCUGUGCCUUUCCCUUUUCCCUCUGGGUCUGUGGACGUCCCCUUAUCUGGACCACAUGUCGGUGUGCGAAUCACCGUUCCCCCAUCCCCCCAUUCCUAAUGGAUGGCUCACUGGGUCUUGUGGCACUCACUGUCGCCCUCACAGCCUGCACAUGGCAAAUGUCCCUUUGGAGCCAUUGUGUUCCCAGCUUUGGUGCUUAGAGGAUUUUUUCUUUAUCCUUUGAUUUUAGCCACAUCAGAACUCAAUCCCCGACUGCGACUUCAUUACUUCAGUGUGAUGCACCAUUUCCCCUUCCUGUAUCUGAACAGGUUUAGUUUAACUAAAGAGGGUGGCAGACUCUCAGGGUUGAUGUAAAAAUAGCUCACCCUGGCCAGAGAAAGCAGUCUGCUGUCUGCACCCAUUUUCCUGCUGACGUGACAUUGAAAAAUGCCAGCACCACUGGGCUUCCUCCCCUUCCUUGGCACCCAUUCUGCGUCUCCAGUGUGGAGCCUGGCACAGGAGGUGUGUACCACUGACUCCCUGCCAUUGGUGUUGGGUUUGGCCCUGUCACUUACUAAGACCAAAAGAAUGUGGGCAGAAGUGGCAACAUGCAAAUUUUGAGCCUAGGCCUCUGGAGGCAUCCUGUAUUUCUCUUCACCUCUCUGGAAGUUUCCACCUUCCACCAUGUUAGAAGAGCAUACCCUGGGUAUCUGCAGUCCCUUCAAACCAGCCCCACCCCAGAAGGAUGCCCAGGGAGCAGCACCCUACCAGCUAACCUAUGGGCCUGUGAGCAUGAGGAAAAAACGCAUAUGGCCAUACAUAGUGAAUUUUGGGGUUGCUUGUUACACAGCAGUAGCUGACAAAGGGUGAUGGAAAUAGAACAUCUGAGAGGGUUACUGGUCUUAGGAGUAAGAUGAAUUUUUUAAAAACUUAUUUUAUUUUUUGGCUGUGUUGGGUCUUUGUUGCUGUGCGUGGUGGGUUUUCUUUAGUUGUGGCAAGCAGGGGCUACUCUUUGUUGAGGUACACGGGCUUCUCAUUGUAGUGGCUUCUCUUGUUGCAGAGCACAGGCUCUAGGCGCAUGGGCUUCAGUAGCUGUGGCACGUAGGCUCAGUAGUUGUGGCUCACAGGCUCUAGAGAGCAGGCUCAGUAGUUGUGGCACACAGGCUUAGUUGCUCUGUGGCAUGUGGGAUCUUCCCAGACCAGGGCUCAAACCUGUGUUGCCUGCAUUGGCAGGCAGAUUCUUAACCACCACGCCACCAGAGAAGUCCCAAAAUGAAUUUUUAAGAUAUGAUUCUUCUGUGGAAUAAUGUUGUAUCUGUUGAUCCUUAAGACAAACUUAAGAGGAAAGCAGUAACAGUUUUAUCCCCAUUUUAUAUAUGAAGAUAUUGAGGUUCAAAGUGGUUGAAGGUACAGUGAGUGAACCUGGUCUGGGCCCCGAGUCCCUGACUCCUGGGCCAGGUUCUUCCUGGGCUGUGCUGCCUGCCUCUCUUCUGGGCCCAACUUAGGGCAGCCAGUAUGGCAACAGAGCCUGGCACUUGGUGCAAGUGAUGCCACGGUUGGGAUCUUCUGGCAGGUUGGGGAGGGAGGGCAGCUCCCCAGAGCAGAAGGGGCAGCAUUUGGUUGAGAGGGGGACAGGGGUGCCAACAGACAGGUGCCCGUGUCCCACAUGCUGAAAACUGGGGAGUCUGGGUGCCCUCUGUAUGAGCCAUGGCUAUGUCACCUGUGAUUGGCGUCCCCUAGGCCGCCUACUGGUUUGCUCUCAUGCUCCCCUCAAAACAUCUGGCAACUGUGUCCAGGAAAGAAACCCAUGGAAGAAAGGAGUCAAGGCACCGACACUGAAUACAUCAAUGGUCUUGCAUGGUGGUUGGGGUCUAGAUUUUGACACGCUUGAAGCCUUGGGUAUUUUAAACAGGAGAGUCAGCAGUCAAACCUUUGCAAAAGGCUGCAGUGGGGCUUCUGGCAGCUUGAGGGCCAGGCCAUGUGACCCAUGUUGCAGAUGCUAUAUCAAGGUACAUGUGAACUGACUGGCAUUCCUGCUGACCGCUGGAGCUGUCUGUCAGCAUGUUUUCAUUACUUCAGGGAGUUCUGGUCUUGUUGAAGUUGGUUUACUUUCUGAGUUAUUUUUAAUUCCCUUUGUCCUAUUGCAUGACCAGCUGACCACAUCCAUAGCACUUUCUUGAUUUUGACCUUGGUCCCUGCAGACUGCUCCCUGACCCCCAGUCUCCCAUAGCCCUGCACCCCCCUUCAUACUGCAAGAUCCUUCUAUUCCAGGGAGGGACCCAGCCUUCCCACUUGCAGGACUGUCCUUGGAGACCACAACUCCCCCUCCCCCUGAAAUGGGGCAGAGCCCCCAUGGAUGGGGUGAUGGGCUGAAUAAUACCUCCCAAAAUAUAUCCAUGUCCUGCAAACUUCACGUGGCAAAAAAGGAUCUCAAGAUGGGGGGGUGGUCUUGGAUUAUCCGGGAAGACCCUAAACUCAGUCACCUAUAUCUUUGAAGGGGGAGAAUGGACAGAGGAGAAGGCAGUGAAAUGAUGGAGGCAGAGAUUGAAGUGAUGCAGCCAUGAGCCAAGGGCACCAGGAGCCUCCAGAAGCUAGAGAGGCAGCAAGGGCUUCCCCCAGUGCCUCUUACCCCAUCAGCCCUGAGACCCCUUGAUUUCAGCUCAGUGAAAUGGAUUUUGGACUCUGGCCUCUAAGAUUAUUAGAGAAUAAGUUUCUGUCGUUUCAGGCCACCAGGUUUAUGGUGACUUGUUACAGCAGCCACAGGAAAUGAAUACAAAUAGGAAAACCAAGGAUUCCAAAAAGAAAUGACUGGACCCAGGGCCUGGCAUGGACCCUCAGCUGCUGCCUGACAGUAACCUUGUGUCCUGGCCACUCCUGUUACCUGCAUGUGAAAUGCACAGGCUCUCCACAAGAAGACUCCCUGCUGCCUUGCUGGCAAGUGAGGUGGACUCUGCGGCCCCUGCCCCUCCCUGAUGCCUGCAGCCCUUAAUGCUGCAUCUCACACGUGCUCCAUUGAGAGCUGACUCCUGGCCAAGGUGCCUGCAGCCCUCGCAACUGAAGGAUUAGGAAGCAGGGGUUGGAGUUGGUGAGAGAUGGGGUCCUGGGACAGAGCAGCUACUGUGGGCUCCAUUUGCAACGUGGAAUAUCUGGCUUUGGCUGCUGGCUUCAAGGUCACCUCAAGUCCUUCAGCCAGGAGUGUAGCUGGGGCCCUGCCUUCCAGUACACCUGUUCCCCAUCCCUGGGAGAGCAACAUGUGCGAAGGACACAGAGCCUUUGGCUGUAUUUUUUUUUUUUUUGACUUUUUAAAACUAAGUGCAAAUAUCAUCAGGUGCUUUUUACAGCAGCAAGGACCUGUGCCUCUUGAAAUAAACACAUGCCAGCUACCCACCUGCUGGGAAAGCCACACAGGCAGUGCUAUUGUUCUGUGUCCUCCAGGUGAUGCCCUGGGAAAGGUUACAGCUGCAGAAACUUUUAAAACCCCAGGUGGGACAAACAUACCCUGUGUGAGGGUUUGGAGCUGCAGCAGCUCUCAGUUGUGUUUAACUCUGAAUUUUUUCUUAAAGCAGCAAAAGGAGAAAAUUGAUACCGAAGAAUAUCAAUUCUUGAUUCUUUGCAGAAUUCCUCUUGUCUUUGUGAAAGUCGUUUCAGGUGAGUAUGCCUGGUGCCCCAAGGGCUAUGUGCCCCAUGGAAGGUGGGCACCAGACCCAGAAGCCUCGUGGGGUCCUUCUUGUUGACUGUGGCCACUCUGGGAUGAGCCCUGUCCAGUCCUGGCAGGGUGGGUGUCUGGAACAGAGCGCGCAGUGUGCUGGUGCCCCACCCACAGUGCCAGGGGCUUCCUGGACUGGUGACCCUCACAGGGGCUCAUCUGCUGGCGGGUGAGGAGUGAGAAGAUCCGGGGUCUCUUACUCGGCGCUUGUUGUCUGCCUCUCUGGAUGCUGGUGAGAGGGUUUAGGUUCGCUCUGGCCUGCUGGGCAUAGCCCACGAAGACAGGGUUUACUCAGCCUUGGGCUCCACCAGCUCUGCCCAGCUGGACUCACGGAGGCCAGGGUGCUGAGUCUUCCACCCCCAAGCCCACAGGUGAACUCUCCUGCUCCAGAAUGAGGGGUGUCAGGCUGAUGGGGUUGCUGCUCGCUCUGGCUGGCCUGCUGCAGCUGGCCCUGUCCCUGAGAAUAGCAGCCUUCAACAUCCAGACUUUUGGGGAGACCAAGAUGUCCAACGCUACCCUCUCCAACUACAUUGUGCAGAUCUUGAGCCGCUAUGAUAUCGCACUCGUCCAGGAGGUCAGAGACAGCCACCUGACAGCUGUAGGGAAGCUGAUGGACAAACUCAACCAGGAUGACCCAAACACCUAUCACUUUGUGGUCAGUGAGCCGCUGGGACGCAACAGCUACAAGGAGCGCUACCUCUUCGUGUUCAGACCCGACCAGGUGUCCGUGCUGGACAGCUACCAGUACAGCGAUGGCUGUGAGCCUUGCGGGAAUGACACCUUCAGCCGAGAGCCAACUGUGGUCAAGUUCUCCUCCCGCUUCACACACAUCAAGGAGUUUGCCAUCGUUCCCUUGCACGCCGCCCCAUCGGAUGCGGUUGCUGAGAUUGACUCUCUCUAUGACGUCUACCUGGAUGUCCGGCAGAAGUGGGACCUGGAGGAUAUCAUGUUGAUGGGUGAUUUCAACGCUGGCUGCAGCUACGUGACCCCCUCACAAUGGUCAUCUAUCCGCCUGCGCAAGAGCCCUCCCUUCGAAUGGCUGAUUCCUGACACAGCUGACACCACUGUUAAAUCCACACACUGUGCCUAUGACAGGAUCGUGGUCACAGGAGCUGCACUUCAACGUGCUGUGGUUGCUAACUCUGCCGCUCCCUUUGACUUCCAAGCUGCAUACAGGCUGAGCGACCAGACUGCCCUAGCCAUCAGCGACCAUUACCCAGUGGAGUUGACGCUGAGUUGCUGAGUGGGGCCUGGCCAGCAACCUCAGCUCUGGCACCAAGAACUGAAGACGACACAGUCAGGGGCUGGGGACGGAGUUUAGGAAACCAGUGCCUGACCCUGAGUGCCCCUGCU